AAUUCCUAUUUUUUCCAGUAACAACUUCUUCAAACUGAAAAUGGCGAUUACUCUCUCAGCUUCAAGUCUCUCUCCGAUCACUCGUACCUACCUAUCUCCUCCUACUAAUUCUCAUACCACCACCACCAGUAACAAUAAUAAUCUCACUCUCUUUCCCUCCUCCAACAAACCCCUUCUUACUUCUUCAUCACAUGCUCGCCGCCCUGUCUCCGCCGCCGUCACCAGCUCCACUGGAGGAACUUCUCAAACUUCUAUUGAAACUGGAAGUUUGUUGGAGAGAGUAGAGGUGUUUGAUUUGAAUGGAAAAUCGAUUUUGAUUUCUGACUUGUGGAAGGAUCGGAAGGCGGUUGUUGCAUUUGCUCGUCAUUUUGGAUGUGUCCUUUGUAUGAAACGAGCUGAUUUGCUUGCUGCUAAGAAGGAUAGGAUGGAUGCUUCAGGUGUGGCACUUGUCUUGAUUGGGCCCGGUAGCGUUGAUCAGGCUAGAACUUUCUCUGAGCAGACGAAAUUUAAAGGAGAAAUCUAUGCAGAUCCUAGUUAUGCAUCAUACAAGGCACUGAACUUUGUUUCUGGAGUCACAACUACAUUUACACCCGGGGCUGCUUUGAAGAUUAUAGAAGCAUACAUGGAAGGUUACCGACAGGAUUGGGAGCUUUCCUUUGAAAAAGAUACUCGUACAAGAGGUGGCUGGCAACAAGGCGGAAUCAUAGUUGCGGGUCCUGGGAUAAGCAACAUCUCAUACAUCCACAAGGACAAAGAAGCGGGGGAUGAUCCUGAUGUAGAAGAGGUCUUGAAAGCUUGUUGCUCGUGAGAAUGUAAAUAUAUACGAUGAUACUCUGCUACUCUGUGUGUAUAAACUUCAUCAAAGGUUAUUACAAAAUACAAGUGACUUUUAUUUAUAUUCAAUUAAUAUGAAGAUAAGAGCUUAGUGUCA